GAAUGCGUAAAUAUUUCAAAAAAAUUACGUGAAAUUUCUGAUUUAACAGAGAUUGAAACAACUAAUCAACCAAAGUUAUUCAAAAAAGAAAUCGGAAUAAAUACUGAAACUUACGAGAAUAUUUGUUCAAAAUGUCAUAUAGCAAACUUAAAUGAAUUGAUAGAUUUAACUCAAAAAAUAAUUCCUACCAAUGAUGCUUUACAAAGUACACAACAAAGCAAUAAAGCUAAAUUAAACCAUCAAUCGUAUACAAUUGCUUCACAAAGUACGCAACGAAUCAAUAAAAAUAAAUUAAACCAUGAAAGUAAUCAAUCAUCAUUAAAACGACAAAUGAGUGGUGAUAUUUUUAUUGAAACUGAAAAUGAAAAUCCUGAUAAAGCAGCUGCAAAUGAUUCAAAUUCUGAAGCGUCACUAAAAUUUUAUACACCCAAAAAUACAUCAAAUAUUUCAAAAUUUAUGCAAGAUAUAAUUUAUGAUAUGGAUGAAAUGGAAUUCACACAAACUCUUCCUUCCAAGGAAAUCACUGUUGAUACAAAAUUAAAAGAUAAAGAAGCUACAGAAAAUUCACCAAUUAUUUUAAGUAACGAUGAUGAAGACAUCAUUGAAAGUACACCCAAAAGUAAUAAAUCAGCAUCACGUGUUAAAUCCUUAAAAGAUGCACUAUCACCUUUAAAAGUUUUUAGUCAACAGUUACGAUCUCAAAAAAGAACAAUAGAAUUAGAAUCGGAAGUAUCUGAACAUCCAAGUAUUAUUCUUGGAACAGAAUAUACACAAAAAGUUACAAAACAAUUAAAACUUAAAAAACGGUCGUUAAGCGAUCAUAACGAAGAAAAUAAACUUGACGUCACAUUAAUUGAACCAAUAGAAACACAAACUCCAAAUUCUAUACCAGUACUUGUGGAUUUACCACCACCUACGGAAUUUAUGGAUACCGAAGAAGAAGAUAAUCAAGAUAAAUCUAAGCGAAAUAAUUUAAACAACUUUUCUGCUUUGCCAGAAGCAACAAUUUUAAAAAAUAUGAAGACACCAGUCGCGGAUAUUAAUAUUCAACGACUAAAAGAUGGUCCAAUUUUAACAGAAAUUCCAGAAAAUGGACCAGUUACUUCUAUUGAAUCUGUUAUAGAACAAACACCAUUAUCAUGUUAUCCCCCUAAAUCUAGAAUUAAUUUAUCGAACACAAAAGCUUUUAAACAAAUUUCCAGGAAAGUAUCAACUAGUGAUAGUGAACCAGAAGAAAAUCCUUUAGAAGUAGUUAAAGAUAAUACUCCAAGAAGAUUGUAUAACGGUCCAUCAAGCUCCAAACAGCUAAGUAUUUUAUCAUACGUAAAUGGAAGUCAAGAACGACAAAGAAAGUUAUCAGAAUCACAAGUAAAUGCAAGUCAAGAUAGACAGAGAAAACUAUCAGAAUCACAAGUUUCUAUAAAAUCACAAAGUACUGGUAAAAAAUUAUCCACAUCUAUACGAAUGAAUCCGCCAUCGUUACCAGUUAAUAUGUCAUCGUCACAAAGGAAAAGCGAUGGAAUGAACGAUUCGUUUAAAAGUCAAUUUGAUACACCAACAACUCAAUCUUUUGCGCGACCAAUGGCAUCAUCAACUCCAGCACGUCCUGGAAUUAAAUCUGUUGCAUUGAAUCGGUUUAGAACACAACGUAGUAUGGAAAUAUUUUGGACACGAUUAUCCAUAUCACAAAUUAAUUUACUUAUGGAUUUUUGUAAACAAUUUAAUAUAAAAUAUACAACAGAUAAUACAGAUACGACAACACAUUUAAUAACACGAGUUGAUGAGAAUAAUUUUGUUGAAGAUUAUACCUUGAAAUAUGUAUGUGCUGUAGCUCGUGGAAUAUGGGUAUUGUCAUUCAAAUGGAUUGAAGAUAGUCUCGAUAGUAAUAAAAUUCUACCAGAGGAACCAUUUGAAGUACUAGAUACAACUGGAAAUCUAGGCCCUAGAAUGUCAAGGUUGCGCGAGAGGUCUUCAAUACUACUAGAAAAGUUCGCUGUAUGUGUUGUAUCUUCUCCAGCGACUUUUCCAAAAGACAAAUUAAUUAAUUGUAUUUUACAAAAUGGUGGAAAAAUUUAUGAUACUGUAGAAGACUUAGCAUCAGCGUGUCAAGACGGAAAAAUCCGUUUAAUAAUAACCGAUACACCUGAAACUCAAGAUGCAAUUACUUUUCAAGAUUACUUCGAAAGAUAUGGUAUUUUAUCGAUUGUCACUGAAUGGCUUUUUAAUACCAUUGCCAUAUUUAAAGUCGAAAGUUUGGUUAGUUAUCUAGUAUGCACAGUAACUGAUGUGGUACCCGAAGAAUAUCCUCAAGAACUACUUAUAGAAUCUGAAGUAUUGUGUGAUUCAACUUUUGAUAGAUAGAUUUCAAAUUUUGAGCGAAUUUCCGAUAUCUGAUGAACAAUCAAAGUGUUACAAUUUUAUCGUACGCUAGUGCACAUCAUGUACAAAAAUCAUAACGAAAAAAUAAAAUAUUAAUAAAACAAUGAUCACAGGUAUUUAAUUUUCACUUGA